GCUACGACCAAUGCUUCAUUAAGCAAAACACGUAUGGACAGUACAGCAUCAUCGGCCACUUCUGUGGCCACCGCUACUUCUUCAGAAACAACGCUUUCCAAGGAUACCAGAAGGUACUCGGAAGGCAUGCGUGCCGGCGGAAGGCGACGCUCGAGCGGACGCGGAGGCACGCGUCGCUACACGCACACGGCGCGGCCGCUGAUCGCCGACAGGAGGCGCACAACCGGAAGUUUCGAUGUGGAAAAUGGUGCGGUCGGUGCGCGCAGUCCGCUCGAGGGCGGCGGCUCUCCCAGCGCCGGACUCGUGCUGCAGGCGCUGCCGCAGCGCAGAGAGAGCUUUCUUUACCGCAGCGAUUCGGACUUCGAAAUGUCGCCAAAGAGCAUGUCCCGAAACAGCUCCAUCGCCAGCGAAAGAUACAAGGACGCGGAACCAGCUCCGUCAGACAGGACUCAUGGCGAAGAUCUCAUCGUUACGCCGUUCGCGCAGAUCCUUGCCCGCCUGAGAAGCGUUCGAAACAACUUCCUCAGCCUGACCAAUGCUCUGCCUUCCAAGUCCCGUCGGUCAUCGAACAAUGCUCCGUUACCACGACUCAACCCAAACGAUGAGUCCUACAUCAGGUUGGCCGCGGAUACGGCUGAAGAACUUGACUGGUGUCUGGACCAACUCGAAACUAUCCAGACACAUCGCAGUGUUUCUGAUAUGGCAUCACUUAAGAUAAAGGUUGCAAUCUUAGGAUUAUUGUCUAAUGGAUACCCCGUUGCACCCCAAUGGCUGCAAAACGAUUGUUAG